CAGCGCAACCAUUGGUUGGCUCGGGUCCAGCCAGCCUGACGUCACUUCUCUCUCGCUCUCUCUGACUCUGAAGUUUGGAGUUGAGAAAUGUCUGCUGUCGGUGUCACACUCGGCUCAACUUUGCUGUUUUUCAGCGUCUUCACGGUCGUCUCUGCAGUCCAGAUAAACAUCACAACCCAGUCUGGACAGGACGUCACUCUGACAUGUCGAGUUACAAAUAACAUCACAGCUGUAGAGUGGAGCAGAGCUAACCUGGGACAAAAAAAUGUCUUUUUGUACCAGGAUGGGGGUUUUGUUCCAAACAACCAGCAUCAAUCAUAUAAGAACCGAGUGGCUCUGCGGGACAGAGGGAUGAAGGGUGGAGACGCGUCUCUGAUUCUGAAGAAAGCGACCACUGCUGACUCUGGAACAUACAAGUGUCGUGUCUUUUUGAGAGAAACACGCUCAUGGAAGUUCACCAUCAUCAACCUGAGAGUUGAUCCUCCAGACCAGAUAAACAUCAAAGCUGUGUCUGGACAGGACGUCACUCUGCCAUGUCGAGUUACCAAUAACAUCACAGCUGUGGAGUGGAGCAGAGCGGGCCUGGGACAAAAAAAUCUCUUUUUGUACCAGGAUGGGGGUUUUGUUCCAAACAACCAGCAUCCAUCAUACAAGAACCGAGUGGCUCUGCGGGACAGAGGGAUGAAGGGUGGAGACGCGUCUUUGAUUGUGAAGAAAGUGACCACUGCUGACACUGGAACAUACAAGUGUCGUGUUAAAAUAGCAGAAACAGGCUCAUGGAAAUACGUCACCAUCAAUCUGAAUGUUUCUCCAGACCAGAUGAACAUCACAGCCGAGUCUGGACAGGACGUCACUCUGCCAUGUCAAAUUACCAAUAAGAUCUCAGCUGUAGUUUGGAGCAGAGCUGACCUGGAACCAAAAAAUGUCUUUUUGUACCAGGAUGGGCGUUUUGUUCCAAACAACCAGCAUCCAUCAUAUAAGAACCGAGUGGCUCUGCGGGACAGACAGAUGAAGGGUGGAGACGCGUCUUUGAUUCUGAAGAAAGUGACCACUGUUGACUCUGGAACAUACAAGUGUCUUUUUGAAAUAGAAGAAACACGUUCAUGGAAAAACAUCACCAUCAACCUCAGUGUUCCUCUAGACCACAAAAUCAUCCCAGCUGAGUCUGGACAGAAAGUCACUCUGACAUGUCGAGCUCCAAACAACAGUAAACGUGUAAAAUGGAGCAGAGCUGACCUCAGAGAUAAAUAUGUCCUUUUGUACCAGGACGGGCAUUUAAAUCCAGACAACCAGCAUCCAUCUUUUAAGAGCCGUCUGACUUUGCAGGACAGACAGAUGAAGAAUGGAGACGUGUCUUUGAUUCUGAAGGAUGCGAACACGGCUGACAGUGGAACAUACAUGUGCCGUGUCUUCAUGGAGGAAACACGUUCAUGGAAAUUGCUCAUUAACAACUAUCUGAUUGUUGUUCCUCCAGGUCAGAAAAUGAACAUCAAAGCUGAGUCUGGGCAAAAUGUCACUCUGCCAUGUCAAAGUUCAAACAUCAACAUCACAGGUGUAAAAUGGAUGAGAUCUCGCAUGGAAGGUGAAUAUGUUCUUUCGUACCAGAACGGGAAUUUUGAACGAGACAACCAGGAUCGAUCUUUUAAGAACCGCGUGGAUUUCCUGGACAUACAGAUGACGGAUGGAAACAUGUCUAUGAUUGUGAACGAUCUGACGCCUGCUGACAGUGGAACAUACAUGUGUGGCGUCUUUAUGGAAGAAACACGCUCAUGGAAAUACAUCAGCUACGUACGUCUGAGUGUUACUGAUCGUUCAGGUCCGACAGGAGGAUCUGUUGCAGUGAUCAUCGGUGUUUCUGCUGUUGUUUUAGUUGUUGGAUUUUUGAUCUACAAAAGAAAACGCCGUUCUAACACUCAUGAUGAUCCAGAGGAUGAACAGCCUCUUUCCCCCCAAGAGCUGGUCGGUGACUGAUGUCAUGAUGAGUCAGGACUCUGCUGAACACCCAGCAGACGACUGUAGACGUCUAACAUCUCUGAUUAUUAAUGUUCAGACUCCGACUGUUUGGGUUGGAAAAAUAUAAAUUGUUUAUAAAUAAUUAAAUUAAGCUGUUUUAUUAUUUGAAUAUAUACAGAAUGCAAAUGUGCUCGAGUUGGCACUCUGUGUUUGAGGAUCAUGAGCUUCUUCUGCUAAGACUGGGCUGAAGUACUGAAGAGUGGACGCAGAGCGCUUGACAGUCUUUGCUGCAUGCUUACACAUACACAAAUCUCUGGUUAAAGAGUCUGAAUAAGCUGAAGGAUAACAUUAGAUAAUCAAGGCUAUGCAGGAUGUGUUUUUGUGUCCAUGUGUUUCUAGACAGACUGGGGUUCGGCCUUGUGUACUUGUGAUUUCAACUGCCAAAGGCAAUGAAAUCUUUUUAGAUGACACAUAUUUCUCAAACUGGACUUGGAGCUUCAGGUUCAGCUGUUCGUAAGAACUUGUGGACCAAACAAACUGAUCCUCAUGCAGAGAUCAGCUUUUUUUAGUAAACAAACAGAACAGCUGCCACUGCUGUGUGCGUCUCACUCUAGACAAGUCACCGAUCCUGGAUCCAGCAAAACAGCCCCAGACCAUCACCUGGUUGAUGCCACACACUGUGGAAACAUCCGUUCAUCUACUCAACGUCGUACAAAGAUCCUUCAUGAACCAAAGAUUUACAAUUUUGAUUCAUCAGUCCAUAAUACCUUCUUUCAUUCAGUAGUCUAAUGUUUCAUGGUCCAGGCAAUCCAGUGUUUUAUUCUGACAUGUGGCUUUCUUGCUGCGACUCAUCCUGUCAAUCCUGCAGCUCAAAGUCUUCUCUUCAAAGUUGAAACUGAGGCUUCCUAUGACCGUGAUCAAGCUGUGCUCUUCUUGGCAAUUUCUCUGUAUGAACCUACUCUACAUUUUUAAGUGUUUUGAUGGUCUGUCUCUCUUCCAUUGUUAAUUGCCCUUUUCUCACCAUUUCUAUAGCAACACACUACUUUCUGCAGUACUGUUCACCUGAUGCUCA